UUCUUUUAUACUAUAGAUUUGAUUACUGCGAUUAAGACUUAAAUUAUUCAAUUACAGUGAUCAUCUAUAUAUGUACAUUUUGCUUCAUUUUGAUACAAUUAAUAUCAAAUAAUCUUUUGGAUAUUGCAAUCAGUAAAAAUGAAACUCAUUUACGACAACUUCCGGUUCUUAUAGAGUGUUUUAUAGAUCAACAAAAAUAUUUUUUUCCACUUUUACUGAUAAUAUGUUUUUUCGCCACGUAUAGUAUAACUACAGUGAUAGCAACCGAAACGCUUAAUAUAUCAUUCACACAACAUGCGUGUAGUUUAUUUGAAAUAGCCAGGUAAAAUAAAGCUAUAUGCUUUAAGAAAUGAAUCAAUUGAUUUUAAUAGCAACAUAUUACAAUUACGUUAUCAAUUUUAGUUACCGCAUAGAACAAGCGUUACUCAAAGAUACGGUAACAGGUAUUGCAUCUUCUAUGCAAAGAAAUUUGAUAAUAUGUCAAGGGAUAAUCAACGGAUUUAAUAUGUACAAAAACGCAAUCGAGUUUAUCGCAAUUAUACAGAAAUACUUUACAUUGGCGUAUUCAGUACUAUUGCCAUUAGCAGUGCUAUCGCUGGCCGUUAAUCUGUAUAAUUUUUCUCGGUUGACAAAAUCCAAGGAAUAUUAUGAGAUGUUCGUUAGUUUUCUAUUUAUUUCUGGCCAUUUUUGGUACAUGUUGUUUUUCAACUAUUUAGGACAGAAAGUAAUCGAUCAUAGCAGCAAUGUUUUUCAUAGAAUAUACAACGUGCAGUGGUACAUUGCUCCGUUGAAAGCGCAAAAGCUAUUGCUGCUUAUAAUGCAAAGGAGCAUGCGACACUGCACAUUUGUCAUUGACAGCUUGUUUAUUAUGUCUUUUGAAGGAUUUGCCACGGUAAAAUUUGACUAAUAAUAAUUCUUUCGUUUUAGAUUUAAUAGAAUUUAUAUUUCAGCUUGCAAGCACAUCAAUUUCAUACUUUACAAUGAUUAUGUCUUUUUUUUGAUUAUCUGCAUAAAAAUUGAAGUUUAAAACUUUACGAUACAAUAGUCUAGCAUACUCAUAUAGAAAUUUAUAAUAUGCAAUUAACCUACUAAAUUGUUUUCACAUUAUAUAUAAAAUAAAACAGAACUACAGUGUUAACUUACUUUAAUUUUUCGCUUUUGGUUGUUCUUCCUUAGAAUAUAAUAGAAUUAUUGUUUUCUGUUAUAUUUAUUUACAGUAACAUAAUGAAUAUAAGUAUUGUUAAAAAAAGAUGACUAACACGAUCGCUUUAGGAGAUAAAGAAAUAAAGAAAUAUUUGACUUUAAAUGACUUUGAUGAUAAAAUACGAAUAUAAAGUACUUGCGUUGGAAAAAAUAAAGAAAA